ACAAUAAUUGACAUUUGACAGAUUAAAUUGUCAAUUUUUAAAUUCCCUAAUGUAUUGAUUUUUUUACAAAUAUUUCAAUAAUUAAAAAUGACCACAAAACAGAAUGACGAGGAUGAAAUGGAAUGUAAAAGGGCGGUAAGACAUAAACCGGAUAUGACAGUUACUGAAGAGAUCGCAAGAGCUAUCGGCAAUAACUACAGAACUGUGCCAGCAUUUGAGAAGGGUUUAUUCGACUACGUUCUGACCAAACAUUACUCAUUGGAAAGGAACCAGUAUCUGCAAUGUCGCUGGUUGGAAUACAAAAGAGGCUAUGAGAAAAGAGUCUUUGCUCCCUUCCAGUUUCCCAGCCACAGGGAUCUUCAUUUUCACAACGGGGCGGUGCGGUUUCGUCCCGCGGAAUCAAUACAUCGGCGUACAGAUCAUCGCAUGCAGUUGCAGCCCGGCCCUGGCGUUGACAGAUAUGGUCAGAUGCCUAUCCCGUACGAACUGUUCAUGAAGAGAGGAGAAGAUAAAAAGGAGAGGAAAGAGAGGAAGAAUAUACAUAAGACGGAGAAAAAGACAGAGAAAUAGAAUUAAAACGUUACACAUAUUU